CGGACUGUGCAGGCAGGGAGGAGAGGCAGAGUAUUAGUAUUCAGAGCACAGGGAGGGAAAGGAGGAGAGGCAGCGAGAGAGAGAGGGAGGAGCGAGCCGGAAAAACACGAGCAAAGGAGCAAAAUAGAAGAAAAAGAGGAGCGGAGACGGGAGGUGACGGAGGGGAGGGAGAUAGCAUAUUGUCCGUUUCUCCCUCUCAGUCUGCCAUCCCGGCUGCGGGGUCGGUGCGUCUCGGGGAGGAGAGGGGGGAGCGGGGGAACGGCGCGGAAUGCUCCUUUCCGAGCGUCGCAUCUGACGGAGGAGCCUCGUGAAGCGGAGGAAGAGGAGAAGGGAGAAGAAGAGGAGGAGAAGGAGGACAGCGUUUGCUCGGAGGUGAUGCUGGAGAGCUUUGAUGAAGAAUCUUCACAACCUCUUCCUUCCAGCCGAAGCUAAAUGAGUCACAGCUCCGCUUGUGGUGAAGCGAGGGAGAAAAACACUCAUCUGCAGGCAUCCAUUUAUGAUCUUGGAACUAUUAGGAAAAUAACAAGCUGAAGGUUUAUGCAUGCACUGCAGGGAGAGCACCCUGUUUCCCGGCCAAAUCCAUUUGCAAAGAAAAUAUCUCACGCGGAGUGACUCGGCCCUGGCUCGCACGUUCAGCACGAUGCAGAUCCUCAACAGUUGAGGUCAGCAGAGUGAAAGUGAGUUGACGGACAUGUCAGUCAGGUCUCUGUGAUCCAGACCAGGACUUCCACAAGCUUCCCCCGCCACCAGCCGCCUCCUAUUCCCACUUCAAGACUUGUUAAAAGGUGGAUGGGCCAGCAAAGCUCUUCUCCAGGUGCGGUCCGAUAGGUGAGGGCGGCGUGGGCUGCGCUGUCAUUGGCCGACUGCUGGCGAGAGUGCGAUGCCGAUUGGAGCAUGUCGGGGGACUGGGAAGAAGACCUGUGCAAGAGGGCGCUGAUGUUUGUGGAGGAGGUGUGCAGCAACUUCCCGAAGGAUGACAGCCACAACGAACGCUGCGACGAGUUCAGGUACCUGCUGAGAAGUCCCAUCGGUCGGCUGGACUCAGAGAUCUCUGUCAGCCUGCUGUCCGUCAUCGUGACUUUCUGCGGCAUCGUCCUCCUCUCCGUCUCCCUCUUCGUCUCCUGGAAGCUCUGCUGGCUGCCAUGGCGGGACCAGGAGGGCGGCGGUCUGAGCCUGACGUCGGGGCUGCUCCCCGGGUGUGCCGGCGUCGGAAGCCUCGGAGGCACCGGCGGCUCAGCGCUCCUGCCGCAGGCGCUGCAGAGGAAGGACGGCCACUCGUCCUCGUCGCUGUACCCCUCCCUCGGUCAGCAGCACCACCCCCACUUCUCUGACUUGGUGGGGUUGGAGCGGGGGGAGGUUGGAGGAGUCGUCGGGGGGCCACAGGAGACCCAGGAGCACUCGUACCUGGACAUGGACUCCUACCCCAACAACGCCGGAACUCUGAAACUCAGUCAGACGUCUCCAGAUGUUCAGAACUCAGAAGGAGGAGCUCAACCCCAAAAAGAUCUGCCCAACGCACAUUCGCAGCAGCAGGUUACCUCACGGCCCAAGCCAAUGACUCACCAGCUCUCCAGCCCUGAUUUCCACGGAGAGGAGAAGGAGCAGGUUACCUGCAUCGGCCAGAUCAAGCCGGAGCUCUACAGACCCAAAGGCGACCAAGGCGAAGGCAAGCAGGGCGACACCUGCGGCAAGAUCAGCUUCCUGCUGCGCUACGCCUUCAAUACGGAGCAGCUGGUGGUGAAGAUCCUGAAAGCUUUGGACCUGCCGGCGAAGGACGCCAACGGCUUCUCUGACCCAUAUGUGAAGAUUUACCUACUGCCAGACAGGAAGAAGAAGUUCCAGACCAAGGUCCACAGAAAGACUUUGAAUCCAGUUUUCAACGAGACGUUCCAGUUUGGCGUGCCGCUGAACGAGCUACAUUCCAGAAAGCUGCACUUCUCCGUGUACGACUUCGACCGCUUCUCCCGGCACGACCUGAUCGGCCAGGUCGUGGUCGACAACCUGCUGGACUUCAGCGAGGGCAGCGGGGACAAGCCCAUCUGGAGGGACAUUGUGGAGGGCACUGCGGAGAAGGCGGAUCUCGGGGAGCUUAAUUUCUCGCUGUGUUACCUGCCCACAGCGGGCCGGCUCACCGCAACAAUCAUCAAGGCCACCAACCUCAAAGCCAUGGACCUGACCGGUUUCUCAGACCCGUACGUCAAGGCGUCUCUGAUAUGUGACGGGCGAAGGCUAAAAAAGAGGAAGACCUCGAUUAAGAAGAACACGCUGAACCCCACGUACAACGAGGCGCUGGUGUUCGACAUUCCCAACGAAAACAUCGAAAGUGUGUCCAUCAUCAUCGCCGUGAUGGACUACGACUGCAUCGGUCAUAACGAGGUUAUCGGGAUGUGCCGCGUGGGCAGCGACGCCGACGGUCCCGGGAGGGAGCACUGGGCGGCCAUGCUGGCCAAUCCGCGUAAACCAAUAGAGCACUGGCAUCAGCUUGUCGAGGAAAAAGCUAUCGGUACGUUUGUGUCAAAGAGCGCCACGACGCCCACUUCCAAGCCUCAUAUAGUGGUGGACAGUCCUCACUCCGACUGAAUCGGUCAUUAUCAUCCACAGCUCCAGACUUUCUUUCUUCUUCUUCUUCUUCUCAUCUGUGAAUAAUUCUCUCCAUCAAAGAAGAGCGGUGCGGAGACGUGGCGAGUGUCCAGCUGCUGGAGCUGGUGUGCUUCCGCUAAUGAAUAUUCCUGCGCCGAUCACAAAAAAAAGAAGAUGAAAUGACGUCAUCCCUCAUCAGCUACACAUCUUCUGCACAAACGAAGGCAGACUUUAAGCUUCACCCCUGGACUGAUGUCAGCUGUAAAUUUGGGAUUUGGCGAGGAGAUGCACACCCGUCUCUCACACAUAAAUACACACAGGUUGUAGGAUGUGCGUAGAUUAUGUGCUCUUCAGGUUAGUGUCGUGUUUCAUCUUGGAGGGGUGUGAUGUGACAAACGUUUCUCUCUUUAGAACAAAAAAAAGGUUCAACCCGGACCAAAGGUUUGUACAGACUGCAAAGAAGAAAAUCUCUCAUCAUUUUUUUUAUUGAUUUAUUUAUUUUGGCGACGUUGGUGAGCAGAACUGUUGAGGACGCAGCAUCCAUGACGGAUUCUCCGGAUGCGUCUCUGGAGGACUUAAAAAAAAAAAGACGAAGCGACCUGGAGGUCGCGAUUGAUGUCAGAAGAAACUGAGGACAGACUUUCGGUCUGAGCAUGUUACACAACCUUGAAAUGCGUCCAUCUUUCUUCGUCCUAUUUUUUUAAUCAUGUGAACAUCCGUCCGUCAGGAUUACAGUUUAUUUGUGGGGAGGGUGUGAGUUUCCAGAAAGGACGCGAUCAGGUCAGACUCUGUGGGACCUCAGCUGUGUGUGGAGAGGACCAGCACCCCACAGGAAGAGCGCUCACUCUGUCGUUUUUUUUAACCUCAUCCGUUCCAUACAUAACGCUCUCGACGAGACUUUGGAAGAACACGUCUGUGUUCCUUUACCAGUGAGUGUUUCUGUGUUUGUUUUGUAUUUGUGUGCGUGUGAGACGUGACUCCUCCAUCCUUCUUCUGUUUCUCAGCAUCCGUGGACCGAACAGCUCGUCUCGGCGCCAAACGUGUCUUCUGUCUUGUGCAUUUAAAAGAAGGCGUUUUGUGUGUGUGUGUGAGCGACUGUGUGUGUGUGUGUUCUACUUGUGCCUCAUUGCACUAGCUGGGGAAACACUGUCUCUCAUAGACAUUAGUUUGUAUUGUCUAUGUCUAUGUUGAAAAUCAGCUGCCAGUCACCCCCCCCCCCUUCCCGAAGCCUCUGCCUGAUGUAAGUAACUGUGUUGAUUGUGUACUUCUUUCAGUAAUUUGUGUACUGUAUGUCAGUUGGGGGGAGGGGUGUCAGAUGGCAUUGUGUUCAAAAAUGAAAAGUGUGUUUUGACUACACUUAGAAAAAAACAACAAAAAAAGAAAACAGCAGUCAUUUACAGAAGCCGAAAACGGACGAUCCUGCUUUUUGAUCGUUUUCUCAUUAUAACGAGAUCCACUAUCUCGUUAUAAUGAGAUACUGGAUCUUGUUAUGUUUGUGGGGCGGCCGUGGUGCAACGGUAGGGCGGUCAACUCCUGAUUAGAAGAUUGCGCGUUCGAUUCCCGCCUUGCCCGCCCAUGUGUCGAAGUGUCCCUGGGCAAGACACCUAACCCCGAAUUACCUCUGGUGGGAGGUUGGCGUCAGUGUGUGAAUGUGUGUGUGAAGGACGGUAGAAAGCGCUCAUUUACCAUCUACAAUAACAAGAUCUACUAUCUCGUUAUAACCACAAAGUGGAUCUUGUUAUAAUGAGAUCCAGUAUCUCAUACAACGAUCCAAUAUCUUGUUUUACUGGAUGUUGUUAUAACGAGAUCUAUCUCUUAUAAGAUCCACCAUCUCGUUAUAAUAAGAUCCACUAUCUCGUUUUAACGACAUCCACUAAAUCUUUGUAAUGACAUAGUGGAUGUUGUUAUAACGAGAUCUACUAUCUCUUACAAGAUCCACUAUCUCGUUAUAAGAUCCACUAUCUCAUUUGUUUUCUCGUUGCAACAAGAUAAUGAAGAACCUCUCUCCCUUUCUCGUUUUAACUAGAUCAACUAUCUCGUUAAAACGAGAUCCCUUAACUCAUUAUAAUGAGAUAGUAGAUCUUGUUAAAACGAGAUCCACCAUGUCGUUAUAAUAAAAUCUGUUAUCUCGUUUCAACAAAAUCCACUAUCUCAAUAUUAUGAGAUAGUGGAUCAUGUUAUAAUGAGAUCCACUAUCUCAUUAUAGUGAGAUAGUAGAUCUUGUUUCAACGAAAUCCACUAUCUCAUUAUAAUGAGAUAGUGAUCUCAAUAUUAUGAGAUAGUGGAUCGUGUUAUAACGGGAUCCACUAUCUCAUUAUAAUACCAUAGUGCAUCUUAUUAUAAUAAGAUAGUGGAUCUCAACAUAAUGACAUAGUGGAUCUUGUUAUAACAAAAAAAUAAAGUUUGUUUUCUCGUUACGACAAGAUAAUGAAGAACCUCUCUCCAGUUCUCGUUAUAACAAAAGUGGGUCUCAUCAAAAGGAGAUAGUGUAUUUCGUUAUAACAACAUAAUAGAUCUGGUUAUAAACAGAGACUUAAAGAGACUUAAAACAGAUUUAAAACAGGUGAAGUCUCGGCGUCUCAUUGUGGGAACGGGAGAGUUGAAUCACUCAUUGAUCAUUAUUGAUUAUCCUGUUUUCUCGAGAAAACAAAGCCAAAAAAAGAACCAGACGUUUUCGGCUUCUGUAGUAAUUUAUGAAUUUUAGGAAAAAAAGGAGCAGGAAAUAAAAUAUGAACCCUACAAAGGAGGUGAAGAGGGAGACUGAGAGAAGACAGGAGUUUGUGGUGGAAACGGAUCAACCCUCGUCCUGCUGUUGUAGAUCCGCUCUCUGUUUGCUGAAGAAUCCGGUUUCCUGUUUCCGAUCCAGCUUUUCCAAACCUGCAAACUAAGAGAUUACAAAUGUAUAAAUAGAAAAGGUAUUGAUCUAUUGGCGCAGACAUCCCACAAUCCUCCAUUUUUCCCAGCCCUUCUCGUCUUUGCCCUCUGAGGCCUUGUGAUAGAUUACAAGCUCCUCUCCGCUCCGGCGCAGUCGCUCAUUCUCUCCCGGUGAGCCAGCUCAGCCGUCUUUCUGUCCGUCUGAUUACUGUCUGAUUACUCAUCCUCUCCUCCUCGCCGCCAGCGAUCCUCACCUGUUCACCUAUCGGAUCCCUCUCCAUCUUCCUCCCCCUCCGUCCUCUCGCUCUCCCUCUUCGCCCUCCUCUCGCUUGUGUGGUCCUGGAUGGUCAUGUGGAAACAUGUUUGCAUGCUUAUAUUAACAUGAAUGAUGUCAACUUGAUGCAAUGAAAAUUAUAUAAGUGAUGCUUUAAGCAAAAAUCUGACUUGAUACUAAUACUACUAACGAGGACUCAGUGGAAACCGUUAACACCGAGGAUGAAAUAACACUGUUAAUGCUGUAUCUAUCUGUCUCAAUUGGUAUUCUUUUGAUUUGAACGAUUCUCCUCUUUUUUAUAUGAUUUAGUCCAGAGGUUUACUUUUUUAUUAGGUAACGGUGAGAAUCUGAGUGAGGGGUUCGGUCAGAACAGCUGUACCAGGUCACAGGAUGCCAGUGAAUGUGUAUGUACGUGUGGCUGAAGCAAUGACAACUGAAAUAAAGGAAAUGUAUCAUC